CUCGUUAAUUAUCAGUAUUUCCCUUAUCACUCUUAUAACUUGUGUUGGGAUGUUAUCUCAUCUCGUCAUGACGGCGUCGUUUCCAACUUGGGAAUAUUUGGACUGUCCUGGAAAGUUUACAAAGAGCCGGAUAAUACGGAUGUGGUAAUUAUAGCGUUUGAGGCAGUAACCUCAGAUUCUUCCGAUCUUCUUCAACCUGAUCUGGUUUCAUCUUCUGAUUUGCUUCUCUUCACAGAAAGCAAUCCACUUUUCUCUGUUAACAAAACUGCAUUUUCCCUCUUUUAUGGAAAUCAUCACAAGCUUGAAGAGUUGAAAUCUGAGCUUAAUAUUUCUAAUUCAUCCACAACCAAGUUAAUUGUUACUGGACAUGGUCUAGGAGGAUCAAUUGCUUCUCUAUUCACUAUAUCACUAUUGGACAACAUUGGUUCAGGAAAGAAGCACCCACUCUGCAUCACCUUUGGUUCACCGCUUGUUGGUGACAAAAAGUUGAAGCAAGCCAUAUCACGUUCUACUUGUUAUGAGAGCUCUGACUCUAUUUUGGAAAUUCUCCUGGAAUUUGGAUCAAUCCAUGCACAAAAUCAAGGAUUUCAAUCUUCAGAUUAUGGAAGUAUAGUUGAAAAUCUCAAAUUUAAACCAAUUUGUAAUGAUUUUACUACUCGGGAUGAAGAUAUAGUGCAUCAAGAUUCAUUAUUUGCUAUUUGUAUCAGUUUGCAGUUGCGGGCACUAGGACUGACACCACAUGUGCAGCAGCAAAAACAGAGCAUUGAUGUAAAGAUUCUGGAAACAAAGAUGCAAAUACUAGAAGAAAAACUUAUUAUGCAGAGGAGGAUAAGUUUUGAUCCACCGAAGAAACUGAGUGAAAUGAAAGGAUACUUGGCCCAACUUGAAUGGUACAAGAAGGUAACUAAGGAUCAAGGGAUAGGGUACUAUGACUGCUACAAGAACAUGUACCAUGAAACAAACUUUGAUGUUAUUCUGAUCCACAAAAACCUAACAGUUUAUUGGGAAAAAGUGGUUGAAGAAGCAAAAUUGAAGCCUCGAAGAGAAGUUUCGGCUUUUCGUAACCGCUAUCUCUAUGGUGGGACUACUUACAGGAGAAUUGUUGAACCCUUAGUUAUUGCCCAAUACUAUAAAGAGGGGGGUACAGACUAUGCGAUUCAAAGGUCGAAACAUUUCGAAGUGUUGCAGGAGUGGUUGAAGGAAGCGUGGGAUAGAAGAAAACAGGAUUUGGAGAGUACAAGCAAGAAGAAUGUGAAAGCUAUUUUAACGAUAGAUUCAUGUUUUUGGGCAUAUGUGGAAGAAGCUCUCCUUUCAUGCAAAGAGUUGAAGGUUUCCAAAGAAAAUGAAGAAGCAUUGAAGAAAUUGCUUGAAUUUGAGGAGUAUGUUAAUGGGUUGCUUGAAAACUAUGCAGUAUCCCCUGAGAUUUUCUUGGAGAAAAGUAGCUUCAUGCGUUGGUGGAUUGAGUAUAAAGGACUUAAAGGAACUUCAUAUAGUUCACCACUCGUCAGUUAUGAAUGAUGUUGGAAAGCGUGAGAAGUAUGCUUCUUCCCCUGAAGUAUGGUAACAAGAGUAAUAAUACAUUAUACAUUCACACUUCAUUUUCUCACUCAUAUCAUUUACACAUAUUUUUCUUCUUA